AUGCAUGAGACGCCAGAACCGGGCCGAGACCGCCUCCGCUACAUUCUCAGCUACUGGGGUCUCGAGAUCUUCACAGUCUUCAUGGCUUUCUGUCUCCUCGCUGCCAUCAUCGCGCUCCUUGCGUAUUACGAUGGCCACUACAUGCCGGAGUGGCCGUUCGAGAUCAACCUCAACUCCGCCAUCGCACUCCUCUCGACCUUCUUACGGGCCGCCAUCGUUGCUGCCGUUGCCGAGAUCAUCGGUCAAAUCAAGUGGACUUGGUUCACCGAGCAAAGCCGCCCUCUGCAGCAGCUCCAGGAUUUCGAUGGGGCGAGUCGGUCUGUUCUCGGAUCUAUACAUCUCCUGGCGACGUUGGUAUGGAGUCUAGGCUUCACGUCCGCCGGCCUCCUCGCCAUCGGCGCCGCAUUGGUUACUAUCGCCAGUCUGACCGUUGGCCCCGUCACACAACAGGCAGUCCGCACAACUCCCUGCUCCAUGCUGUGGGAUCACGCGCCCGCCACCAUGCCUGCCGCUCACUACGUGCCCGGGUCAUCAGCGUACUACCGGGUCGGCGCGGGCAUGUACCAACCGGAGGUGGACAUGAAGAGCGCCAUGAUCAAAGGCAUAACAGACCCGGGCAGCCAGGAUAACCAAGUCACAGUCGGCUGCCUCAGCGGGAACUGCACCUGGCCCGACUGGGGCACAGGUGUUACUCAUUCGAGCAUCGGCAUGUGCAGCAGUUGCCUUGACACGACGAAAUUCGUCAGCCCGCCCGACCGCGAGGGAAAUCUAACGUUGCCAGACCAAGAUUCAUACAUCAACAUCCUGGGGGGUAACUACAUGUGGAUAGGCUACAGUAACCUGUCCGCGUACAAUGAGCUAUUCACCGAAGAAUUCUCUGCGGGGGCUUUCGUCUCGAUGGCUAAUUUCAGCAUGUUAAUGGUAUCGCAAGCGCCUUGUACUUCGGAUAACUCGACCGGAAUACCCAAGCUGCACUGUCCGCACCGGCUGUCGCAGGACACCAACAGCUAUUUCGACGGACUUGGGGACUACAUUGCCGCUUCGUGCAUCUUGUACCCGUGCCUGAAAGAGUUCAAUGGCUCGUACGAUGGCAACGUGCUGAAAGAGAAGCUUGUUCGCACCACCCCGGCGGUAUUCGACGAUGCCGAGCAGAGUUUGGAGGGCGGGAAUCGCUUCUCGGGCAUCGGCAACUACACGGCCAUCCAGAGCCCGUGUGUGCUUGAUGACGGCACCUGGUACGAUAUCAACAAUCAGAGCAAGGCCGAACACGUUCCGGGCCGCACAUGGACUAAUGUCAGCUUGCCGGACAGCGGCGGCAUGGUCGCAAGCCUGCCCAAUGCGUGCCUUUACAAAAUGGACGGGAUAUUUUUUCGGGCCAUGGCCAGAUUUCUCAGUCAAGAACUACUGAGCGCAUCCUGCAAAUACGACUCCAUGCAGAGCGGCCACCUCAACUGCUUCAGCUCCUGGUGGCUCACACCGUUAUGGGCUGACAUGAACGCGACGGUGUCGAGCGUGACAAAGGCCAUCGACAGCUUCGCGUGGGCCGUAACUAACAAGUUCCGCAUGACAGGACUCGGCCCGGACGUUCCGGAAUCAGCUGGCGCCCUCACCCCCCGGGACGCCGUGGUCUUGGGCGAUGUCUUGGCCAGCACCACGUGCACCUACUUUGACCAAAAGUACAUGGUUCUGCCUACGGUUCUGGUGGUCAUCUGCGCGGGUCUGCUCGCCUGGGUCAUCCUCAUUAACUACUACGACCCCGAACAACCCGUCUGGAAGGGCAGCGUCCUUCCGCUACUGUUUUUCGGCCUGCACUACAGCACAGACCCGGGCACACCGGGCACACCGGGCUUGGGAACGGGAUCAGGCGCCGCCGGUGCGGGCGGAACGACAGGUAUCGGCGGUGGUGGAUCCAAAGACAGUGAGCGGUUGGCAAGGAACAUGACGUUCUUUGGCAAGAGUAGACGCACAGCGCCAGAGCUUUAUCGUAUCCAACGGGAGUCGGGACGAAUGUGGGUACGGUUCAAAGGCGGGAUGGACCCGGGGUUCCUAGAGCUAGGGACGAAGCGAAGCGAUCCGGACGCCGCCAGUGCAAGGUUAUUACGAGAGUCCAGGACCGGAAGGGACAUGAUUGUAAGCACUACAGCGAGAUAA